AGUUGUAUAGUGGUAUCUUUUAUCCAUUUUGCUCUGUAAAUUGAUAUUUAAAUCCAAAUCUUUAAAUCUUCCUGCAGUUCUAUUAAAAUCAUGGCUAUGUUGCGCAAAUUAGGACAGUCUAUGUCUAACCUUGCAAGCAGGAAUGCUGCUAUUGCUGUCACAGCAGGCUACCAUAAGAAGGUAAUUGAUCAUUAUGAAAACCCGCGCAAUGUUGGGUCGCUUGACAAGACAGACUCAAAUGUAGGCACAGGACUUGUGGGUGCUCCUGCCUGUGGUGACGUCAUGAAGCUGCAAGUCAAAGUUGAUGAAAACGGCAAGAUCAUCGAUGCUAAAUUCAAGACCUUUGGUUGCGGCUCUGCUAUUGCAUCGUCUUCGUUGGCUACAGAAUGGAUCAAAGGAAGGAAGGUUGAUGAAGCACUCACUAUCAAAAACACGGACAUUGCCAAGGAGCUCAACCUGCCGCCCGUCAAGCUCCAUUGUUCAAUGCUGGCUGAAGACGCAAUCAAGUCUGCUCUGCAGGAUUAUAAAGUUAAACAAGAAUCCAAACUCGCUGCCGCCAAGAACUAGGCGAUGUCAGGAUUAUCGUGUAAAUAGUAAAAUACUCACGCAACAUUGGACAUUAUGACGCAGCUUUGUUCAGGAAAUGUGUCCUGAUGUAAUGUGCUCUUAGGCACAUUGCAAAGGCUGGCCUGAUCGCUUGCGCAUGGAGCGUAAAGCAUUUUAAAAACAAGUUUUAUUUGACCACAUUCGUACUGAAGUUUUGAAUGAACGUUAUUAGUUAGGUAGUAAUAAGAUGCAAGACGAUGGAACUCGAUGUUAUUUUUGUGUCUCUUAGUUACGAUGAAAUGACUACCUAAUACGUGAUUUAAAGUAAAAGUUAUAUUCACUUACUAUAAGUAGCUAAUCAUCAAGUGAAAUAAACAGUUUGUUACACGUUU